UGGAGAAGAGCUCUUCCAGCCGAGCCAACGCCUUGCACCUCCCCGAAGACCUUCGCCAUGAGGCAGUCGCUAACGUCGCUCGUGUUCGCCGCAGCGCUCCUGUUCCAGUGCUACGCCCUGUCGGUGGCGUUACCCACGGGCAAGUCCGACGGCGACUCCCUGGAGCAGGAAGCCUUCGCCUCGCUGCUCGGCGACGAGGCGACAGAGAACAGCUUCGGAGACGUGGACCUGGCCGCCGCGGCCAACGCCGCCAACGCCAGGGGGCCGAGGAUGAUCGUCGUCGCCGCCGACCCCAGCCUGUGGAGGGAGCUGCGGAUGCUCCGCGGCGGGCCGUCCUUCCACAAGCGGAGAGCUGACGACAGCAGCCCGGCGGCGGAGCACAGAGACGUGGAGCAGGGCUUCCCCAUCCUGAGGAGGGACACCAUGAGGUGCAUGGUGGGACGAGUCUACCGGCCGUGCUGGGAGGUCUAG